AUGCAACUCCGCCUGCAAAGAACAACGACCCAUAGGCUGAAUGGCCCACCAAUCUUCUAUAAAGUCUGGGAAAGUGAUAACAGCAUCUUCAGCUCGUUGAUCGACUCAUCCUACCACCCAGGCCUCCAGCUCUCCGUAGCUGUAAACUCGCUCCUUAGUGGCUAUACCGUGCAUAUCUUGAUACCCUACAAGAACUGCGACUUGUUUACCCUCAUACUUCAUAAAAUGUAUCCACGUACCCUGCAAACGUUCACGCUCCUUCUGCUCUGUGUCACCUUAGUUCUUUCGACGCCUACACCAGUCCCAGUCCCAGAACCAAUCGACAAGAAAAUUGCACAAGUCGUCGCCGAGAACAACAAUCUCGGAUGCUCUCAAGGAUGCUCCGGGGUGAACGGAACCGUCGAUGCCAUCUCCUCCUCAGGCGCGGUUUCAGCAACAACGAAAGGGACAUCGAAUGCGCUGGCCGCUGCCGCUGCUGUUGCGGGCGGACUUUCUGCCAUCGCCGUUCUCGUAUGA